AGGUUACUAUUUCCGGUUUCUGUUGACAAACACCGGCGUGCAUGAUCGCGCGUAGUUUCGGUGAUCUCAUGGAAUCGGUAAAAGGAAAGGUUUCGGUACGCAGUGAAAAUUCCUUUUACGUUCAUGCGGAAAUAGAUUACCCAGUGAAGAAGCACAAAUCGAGAUCGAAGAUUGGAAGCUUCACAAUCAACCCUUACAGCUGAAAAUCAGGAUUCUAUCACCCGUAGGCUGAUUUGAAAAUGGAUCAGUCAAAAGCAAGAGGAAAGGGAAGAGGAAAAGGAGGAGGGCAGGGCAGAGGCCGCCCCAGACCCUGGGAGUGUGAGAGUCCCCAGGGAGCCUCCCCCAAUGUGCCCCCCAUGGUCGGGGGAGACUUCAGUGGGGAGUGGCCCAGUCUGGAGGAUACACAGCACAGUCCCCAGCAGAAGAGGUUCAGGAACAACCAAGGGUUUGGCCAUUAUAGUGGCCAGAUGCUCAACUAUCCUGGCAGAGGAUAUGACCCUUACAGGGACAGGAACUUGAGUGGUCCGCCCGGCCGGACCAACUACCUGCCAACACCAGGCAUCUCCCAGGCUGAUGAUGUAGAGGAGUACGACCCCACACAGCCAGGUCUGAUGGAGCAUGGCAGCGGGGGCAACAGCGGGGGCAAGAAGAGAGACAGGAGGGCAAGAUUUUCUCCCUUGCCAAUGCAGCACCAGUUUGUGACGCCGCCCCCCUCCCGCCCCCAGCCUCACACGCCUGCGUACACACGCACACCAGGAUCCUCAGGCAGAAGGGGAAGCAGCGGUGGUAAUGCAAAACCCAUCAACAUGAAGACUUUGGACAGUGCAGCUGCUAACUAUGUGUUGAAACUAGCAGAAAGUAAGACUGCUGUCACUGUGGAUAAAGUGGUUGACAUGCUGAAACAACAUUUUCAGGUGAACCGUUUUGGAGAAUUAAACAUAAGAAGACCAACAGAAAUCCCCACCCUCGAUGACCUACAGAAAAGCCAGUCCAAAGUCAACGCGUACAUCCAUGCCUUCGUGAUGACACGUUCCAUCGCUACCCUCCACGAACUGAAGCACCACCUCGCUGAUCUAUUCCCGCCAAAGAAGUCCUUUUCGGAGCUGAACCUCGGACCACUCACCAAGCAGAGUCUGGUGUACGAGCUGUUCAAAUUCCCACAGAACAUUCCAGAUGAAGACAUUCCAGACAUAUCAACGAUAGACGUUCUCAAGGACCUGAAGAAGUACCUGACGGUGCAUGGUUGGAGACAGAAGGUGAAACUUGAAGACUUUAUGGAGUUCCUGUUGAAGGAACACGACGUCAAGUCUCCUUAUGAGCUGGGAAUAAGAAUAUCCAGUGUGGCACUUGGUAUAUCUGUAAUCAAGACAGCCCAGCGCCAUGAGAAGGAAGUGACCACAAAUGUACGAGCCAGGCUGUCAGCAGAAAUGGAGCAGGAGAUUGAACAGCAGCUGUUUAAAAUAAAACGGAAAAUUCUCCAGGCAUCGGACCCAGAGAGUGAUGGACAUGAGAGGAAACUUCGCUAUGCCAGUCUCACGGCCACAGAUGCGGUGUUGGAGGUGUACGAAUGCUGCUAUGAGAUGUUCAACCCUAGCAUGAGGAGAACCAUAGAUGACUUCUUCCAUCAGGUGUUGAGGAACCCGUUGGCUAAGAAGAUUUUCCAGGUUGCCCUGUGCUGUGGGAAGCUGGACCUACCAGACGAUGCCAGGGGCAGGGACAGCUCCUCUUCAGAGGAGGAAGAUGAUGAUGAGGAUGAACAAGGCAGUAGUAACAGAAAGCCUUCCCCACCUGAAAGCGCAAUCCUGGAGGAGCUACAGAAGUACCUUGACAAGUGUGGAGGUACGCUUACUUUAGCCACCCUGGCCAGGAUAGAGGCCAAACUGGCUGAGAAGUUUCAGUUUCAGGACUUCCUGUCCAUGGGCCAUGGUAGCUUCGUCACCUUCUUAAGUCACCAUCCACAGGUCCUGGAGGACUUUGGAGGCAGCCUCCUGGGGGCUGGUGUUAGCACAGGGGGUGGAGGGAGUGCCUACCAUCCCUCACGACAGGACGUGCUGGAGUUCAUCAGACAGUAUGGGAGCACCCACACAGAUAUGAUACCAUCCAUUGAAGCAGCCCUCUGCCACCACUAUGGAGUGAGGGAAGUGAAGGACCUGGGGUACGGGCCCCUCCCCAAACUGAUGACCACAGCACAGAAAUUGGGAAAGUUCACCCAAGGCCACAGUCCCGUCAUGUUUGAAGGACCUCUCUGUCCAAAGACAAUAAGCUUUCCCUCCAGUCAGAAGACAGUAGGACUGCUGGGUAGCCGGACGGCAGACCAGGCCCUGAUGUGUCUGCUGAGUGCACCCCUGCUGGCAGACCUGGAGAAGUGGACCCACUGGUCGCUGGUGUUCCAGCCCCAACAUGGGGACCUCAGGGCCUUCAUAGAGAGGAACUCGGAGACUGUCAUUACUCCUGGCCCAGAUCUUCGAGUGUUCAAUGACCUUGGUGCCCUUGAGGUGGCACCGGGGGUUCUUUUGCGAACUACGACACGGGCCACUCCAGAGACCUUUGCAGAGCAUGCUGGGAACGGUGAUGUCAUCAACACUGCAGGGCACCUGGUUUCCAUAGUGAUGACCAGCAGUGGUGUUAGUCAUGCUCCUCUUGCUCUGCUGGCCAAUCACAUGGAGGCAGCUCUGAGCUGUUUGGUGGUAGAUGGGGGCCAUGGAGCACCAGGUGCACCCACUUCAGAUCAUGGGACAGCUGGGAACAAGGCUGUGGAGUUUGUGCUGGGUUGUCUGGUCAGAGUUCCCACAGUCCUUUGCCAAACCUUGGCCAAUCAGGUGUUUCUCGAGCCACUGGGAAGAGUUGUUGGAAUGACCACGUCAAAGUCCCUGUUGCUGCGAGCCUGUGGAACAGACGAGCAGCACAGCAAGCUGCACAUCCUGGGGCUGCUGCUAGGGGUCGGGGAGUGGCAGCAGGAUGUGCGCAGGAGGGAGGUCAAACCUGUCAAGGUUAAGUCACCUGAUGAAGAUUUUGAUGAGUCAUCAGUGACAAGUAUGGAGGAGCAGGAAGAAACAGAGGAGGAGGAGGAAGAAGAUGAGAAGGAGAAAAAGAUGGAGAAGCAGGAUGAGGAGGAACAGGAUAAAGAAAAAGAAGAGGAAAGUUCCAGUGAGGAAGAAAGUGACUCAGAGGAGGAUGAAAAAGACCAGGAGAAGGACAGUCUUCAAGAAAAACCUACCACUAACACAGAGGAAGUAAAGAUGCAGGAGAGUGGUGCUGAAGUCAAAGAUGGGAUGGAGGGAAAGGAACAGAAGGAGGAGGCGGAGGAAGGAGAAUCAGAGGAGUCAUCUGAGUCUGAGUCAGCUUCAGAAGAGGAGAGUGGAGCUUCAACAAGCCAAGACAUACCAGAUAUGGACCCGGCUACAAAGGCCUGUUGGAAAGUGGUAGAGGACAUCCGCAGGAAUGAGUUUGGGGUGGGACUGAAGCUUGAGAAGAAGGGGGAGGACCUUGUGGAGAGACACAAGAAGCGGAUCGGGCGAGGUCUGGAGCGCCUGUCCAAGGAGCUGUACACCAAGGACACACACUUUGUCCUGGAGCUGGUGCAGAAUGCUGAUGACAAUGAAUACGAAGCAGAUGUGUCUGCCACCCUUGUGUUUGUUGUGGAGAGGGAGAAGGUGACUGUGCUGAAUAAUGAGUCAGGGUUCCAGGAGGCCAACAUUCGGGCUCUGUGUGAUGUGGGCAACAGCACAAAGGGCAAACACAAGUUUGGUUAUAUUGGUCACAAAGGCAUUGGCUUCAAGUCAGUUUUCCGAGUGUCGGACAAGCCCGAGGUCCAUUCCCGCGGGUACCACAUCUGUUUUGACGCCAGCAGUGAUCCCAUGGGCUACAUCCUUCCCCAUUGGCUACAGGACCACGGCUUCCAGCUGGCUGCUGAUGGUAUCGAAGGCACAGAGAAAGUUACAACCACCACAAACUGGGAGACUAGAAUUGACUUACCUCUGAAGCCUGACCUUCAGCUUUCCCGUUCCCUUGCCAACCGUUUCCAUGACAUCCAGCCUUCCCUGCUGCUAUUCCUCCACAAGCUCAGGAACAUCACCAUCAUUGAUAAGAUGGAGGGCAGGUGCCACUGUAUGGAACGGCUUGAUGUCAAGGACAAUGUCAUUGAGAUUCAUCAUUCUGGGGGUUUGGAGCGAUGGCUGGUCGUCAAGAAACUCCUGGAUGCAAAGAAAGUGAGUAAAGACGGAGUAGAGAGCACAGAACUUGCCCUGGCCUUCCUGCUAGAGUCUGUGAGAGAGCAGUCCUACCAGCAGCCCGGUCUCCCAGACAAACAGCCUGUGUUUGCCUUCCUACCUCUCAGGAGCUAUGGCUUCAGGUUCAUUGUACAAGGUGACUUUGACAUCCCCUCAUCCCGUGAAGACGUAGACAGAGACAGCCCGUGGAACCAGUGGCUGCGGGGAGAGGUGCCCGGGCUGUUUGCCCAGGCCCUGCAGUCAUUCAAGAACCUGGAGGGAGUGAGUGGUGUGGAGGCAGUGUGCAGGUUCCUACAGUUUGUGCCCAUGCCUGAUGAGAUACUGGAUUUCUUCAAGCCUGUGGCCAUGCAGAUUGUGCAGCACAUCAAGGCACAGGCCUUCAUGCCUGUCCAGGCAGAGGAUGGACAAAUUUCUUGGAAGCUGCCAUCAGAGACCAUCCUUUCCCAUGAUCCUCUUGUGAAAGAUGUGAUUGACAGCCAGUUGCUUAGCAACACUCUGAACCUGUUCUAUAUCCAUGGCGAUGUGGCUGCUGUCCUGGAGAGGUACCCUGCACUCUCCACUGUGCUGGGCAUCCAGAAACUGUCAACCAAUCAUCUGAUAGAAGUGGGGAAGGCCAUGGCUACUACCUUCAUGCAACAACCUGAGGCUGGAGAAUCCCUGUUCAUGGUGGCAAAGGUUGCUAAGUGGUUGGCGUGUGUGCACCGUGCCCAGGAGCAGGAGUACAACAGCUCGGACGAGAUGGUGAAACAACUGCAGGACAUCUGCAUCCUGCCACUCUCCUGCGGCAGCUUUGCCUCCGCCAACGGACCCACCAUUUUCUUCCCACUGUCUGAAGGCCAGGUAAAGGGAGUGACAUCAGUGCUAGCACGGGACUUGAACACCGUGCACCCUGGCCUGCUGUCCCUCCUGGACGAUGUGGGGAACUCCCACGCCCGACUGAUGCUGAACACCCUGGGGGUGAAGAAGAUCUCCCCCAUCGAUGUCAUCAACCAUCACAUCCUGCCUAUCCUGGAGUCUGAGGAGUGGAAGAGCAAAUCUCGGGAGCUUCUGAUUGGUUACCUGGUGUUCAUCAAGAGCCAAUGGGACCUGCAGCCUGAUCACGUCAACCUUGACCGGCUGAAACCGGUUGCCCAGGUGGUGAACAACAAGGGCCUGAUGACACCAUCCUCCCAGCCCGUCCAUUUCACACCUGCUUAUGGGAACAGACUAGACCUACAGAAGAAACUGCCUGGUAACGAGUGGACGCUGCUGGACAGCUGUUACCUGGGCACCUCCACUCCCGCACAGCACACCGUACAGACAUGGAGACAUUUCUUUGUCAAGCUGGGAGUCUUAGACUUCCUCGCUGUGAAGAAAGAGAGGGUCAAGCUGUCUACUGAGCAAUUGGGGAAAUCUCCAUGGAGCACCUUGAGUUCCUUCUGGCCCAAGUCAGACGAAGGGUACGAGGUAGAGGACUUCACCUGUGCAGAGUUCUACAGCCUGGUCAUGGCUGAUCUCACUGCUGAUGUCAGGACUCCACAGAUGCAGAUUCUGUUUGAGAUGAUUGACAAGGAAUGGGACGGGAGCUACAGGAAGUACUCCACUGCCCAAGUGUUUGAUCCAAGUGGGGUCAAAUUGUGCGACGCCGAGUCCUCUUUCCUCAUCCAUAUCAAGACUAUCCCAUGGGUUCCUGGGAUCAAAACCUCAACUCUCCCCAAUACUGCUCCAGAUGGUUCUGCUCAGCUCUUCUACAACAAUGUGUUCAUGCGAGGAAGUGAGCUGUAUGAAAAGACUCGUGAGCAUAUCGGCUUGCUGGCACAUCAUGUGCCAUAUCUGACCGCUGCUGUACAGACUGAGACAAGCAGCUUUGGCCAAGUGCUCCAACUCCAGCAGUCUCUGACAACUGAUAGGCUAUUGGCCAUUGUCAAAGGUUGGUGCACGGGGGAGAAAAGUCAUGCUGAUCAAGACAAGGUAUCAGGGCUGGAGUUUUCGACAUCCCUGGGGCACAUCAAGUGUGUGUAUCACUACCUACAGCAGAACUGCAACCCCACUAAACUGCAGGAGUUCUUCAACAGCCAUCCCGGCAUUUUUGUGCCGAACGUGACCGUCUAUAACACCACCAGUGUUGUGCAUGGUAGGUUCUACCACAAGUCCGACACCUGCUGGGCGGACACUUCAGGCAUGUUCCUGAAGUACCAGGCUCUUUCUCACGGAAGGAUGGACUGCAGGAAGAUCCUGCAACCACUGUACGACGAUUUAGCUGCUUUCUUCUGUGCAUCCAUCAAAGUGGAUGAUUCGCCAUCCAUCUCAGAGUAUGUAAACCUUCUGGAACACGUGGUCGACACAAUCGUUUUACCAGACAACAAGGACGUACAUGACGUAUUUACGGUGUACGCCACGCUAGGUGCAAAGUGCAUCAGUGCCUCUCCACUUGGAGGCAACAUACAGAUCAGUGACCAGAAUGUUGUGGAAGCUAACGUGAAGCUGUUGGUUGGUGAGCUUGAGAAGAAGCGAGUCUUCCCCACCAAGGGGAAGAAGUGGGUGUGUCUGGAAGACAAACCGAUGAUAGCAGACGAUCGGCAGCUGGAGGAGAUGUUCCGAGGAAGAGACGACAGAGUGCACUUCCUCAACUUCUCAGAAAGGACAGGGAAAGCAGGGAAACAGGUGCCUUACCAGAAGGAGUACAGAGACAUCUUCCUGAAGGCGUGUGGUAUCCGCUCUCUGAGCCAGUCUGUUCAACAAGAAUACAUCCCCACGAUGUAUAUACCCUGUCCAGUGUUGCAGAAGUACGUCCACACGGUGGUUCCGUACAUCCAGCGGUUUCUGCUGUCCCGCGAGGAACACCUGGAACUUCACGACCAGCUGCUGGAAGCGGGUGUCAAUACCAACUUACAGGCCAUGAUGUUUGUUCAGGUGACGAGGCUGGAGGUUGUGUUCAGACUGCAGCCCUUUGAUGACAUUGUGGAGACCAAGGAGGAGAUUUGUGGGCUGAAGGAUAACAGGGAGCUGUACAUACAGAAGGAUAAUCUCACAGCUUACUCCAGAAUACACAAAGAAGUAGCCAAGCUGUUCAGCCGUGGAGAUGCCAGAGUCCAGAGGGAUGUCACCAACUUCUUGGAUCUGCUGUCACCUGUGGUCCUCGGCCAAUCACCAUUGUCCAUUGACAGCUUCCUGACCAAUCAGGACAUAGAAGAGCUUCCAGAGGAAGUGCAGAUGUGGGAAGUGCCAGCUCCUGUGCUUCCAGUGGAGGAGGAAGAAGAAGAAGAGGAGGAAGAAGAAGAAGAGGAGGAGGAGGACAAGGAUGCAGAGGAAGCUGACAAACCUGCUCCAAAGCCCCGGGAGGGCCUGUACUCCUGGCCACCCAAGUCUAGUCUCUUCAGACCACAGGCAGGAGCACCACAAGGUGCUAAACAAGAUGACACUGAGGAGAAGUGGCCGGCCCCCGCCCCUCCUGAGGAACACAAGAGAGGCACACAGCUGUUAAAGGAUGAAGGAGACACAGACGAACAGAAGGAGAGAUCAGGAGAAGGGGAUGGACAGACUGGGAGAGAACCCGCUCCUCGUACAGAGAGACAAGGAUCAUCCGGCCCUCCCAGUCAUGAUUCUGUUUCCUACAGUGAUGGGUCGUACCACAGCAAGGGGGAGGGCAGAGUGGGGGAUCCAUCAGGCAGGACGUAUGAGCGACAGGAUGGAGACAGAGUACUAGGUGGGGGUCCUCCGGAUGGGAGAGUGGAGAGAGGUCCAGAGGAGGGAAGUAGGGGGGUUACCAACAGCAGUGAGCCUGUCAGGAUGGAAGGGCAGAUGAGAACAGAGCCAGGACCAAAACCACAGGGACACCAUGAGCAGUUCAGUCCAGAAGAAAGAGGACAGCCGGAACAGAAACCCGUGCCCUCAGCCCAGGUGGAUGGGGCUCAGGGAGAUACCUCUGACUCAGCAGCGCCCUCUGUCAAGAGAAAUAAGGACUACAGCAUCAGCAGUGAUGAGGAAUUCAUGUCACCAAAGAGGACCAGACUCCAGAUGGGACCACCUGUCUGGACUACUGGGUCUUCAUUCGAGGAUGCCCUGGAGUUGUUGGCAGACAGCUCCAAACUGGACAUCUCUGACCAGGAGCUGGACAUGGACGCUGAUGAUACUGGAGUCAUAGGGAGGUGGGGAGAAACACUGGUGUAUAAUUUCCUGACACAGCAGAAGGAAGAUUUCCCUGGACAACAGAUACAUAUCCUCUGGGUUAACAAGUAUGAUGAACAGGAGCUGCCAUAUGACAUCAAGAUAAUCAUCAAAGAUGAUGCAGAGGUGACUUCAGACGACGGCGGCGGUGGCACACCUACUGAACAAACCACCAUCCUGUAUGUCGAGGUGAAGUGCACAGUGUCGCAGGGGAAGGAGUACUUCCCCAUCUCCUCCAAACAGGUGGAGUUUGCUAUGCAGGAGGAGGACAAGUACCACCUGUACCGUGUGUACGGGGCUGGGGACGCCGACCGCGUCAGGAUCUGUCGGAUCAGAAACCUGGCCGAGAGGAUGAACAAGAAGGAAGUCAACCUGCUCAUGUUACUGUGAUGGCCACACUGGGACAGGAGUCUUUGUUCCUUUGUUGGUUCUUCCUGUAAAUGCUGAGAAUGUUGGAUAUAAGGACACAUUUGAACUUAAUCAUGUUUUGCAUUCUAUAAGUACCAGAGUUCUCGAAGUACAUGUACCAGUUAUCAACCUAGGAUCAUGUGUUAAAAUUUUUUUUUUCUAGUACUAUCAUAGAGAGGAAUUUGUUGCCAGUGCAGUUCAUCCUCACUAGAUUAGCCUGGAGUCCUGCCUUGGUAGCUUUGGUAUGUACCCAACGGUCACUAUAGGCAAGGAGCUUUUAUCUGAUAAAAGCUCCUUGCUAUAGGGUAGUGACUGUCGGGAAAGGACCAAAGCUAACAAGGCUAGAUUCCAGGUUACACAAGAUAGGUAGAUGUGCAAAGGUUGGGUGUGACAGGAGGUUCGGUGAAAUAGAACCAGCUGCUGCCUCACCAUGUUCCUGCGAAGCUAGUUUGUUAUAUUAAACGGUAGAUGUACCAGCUAUACAAAAUGAUACAGAUUAAUAGGUUGAAUUGUAUGAGAAUAGAACAUGAGGUGGAAGAAGAUUAGCGGGCAUAUUGUAUAAAGUUGGAUUUCUGUCUUUGCCUUAUUCUGUAUUACUGAUGUUAGGGUUUAUGGAAAACACAGGGUUUUCAAAAAAAAACCCUGAUAUGGUACAUUUAUUGAUCCACCAAGAGUUGUCUUUAUUCUGCAUGGCUUUUUCUGCAGUUAUCUUGAUGGGCAUGAGGUUUCAUUUUGUGAGUUCCACAACUUCUGUACCAAACACUUGUCAAUGUAUUGGUGUUACGAAAACUAUUACAACUUUUGUAUUGUUGUAUUUUAUGGUGCCAUGUUGGCAUCCAUUCAUAUACAUAUGUAUCUGGUAUGUAUAUCGUUAUCAUAUCCCUCAGGGACUACAUGGUAACAAAGCUUUGGCUGUUAUUACCAUAAAAUGAUGAGACUGAGGAUGAUACCAGUGAGAAUACUUUAUGUUUGGUUUUGUUUCUACCAUGUUUCAUUUUUAAGUUCAAACAUGAUUGCUGUCCCAUUAAAACAUGUUUCUUUA